AUGAAAUCCUACAAAAAACGCACUUUUGUUGAAAUUUCUUCGUCCGAGUCUGAAAACGCUGAGGACGCUGUUGAGAAGAUCAGUUCUUCGAAUUCUAGUGAGGAUGAUGAUGACAAUGACGAUGUUGAUGGGAGUGAAUGGAAUGAAUCAGAGUAUGAAGAAACAGAAGAAGAAGAUGAUGAUGAUGAUGAUGAUAAGACCCAUGUUCAAGAAAAUGAUGAAUCCAUGUGUAAUAGAGUGAUUAAAUUACUUCGAGAGCGAAAUGAUCUUCAAGAGUUGAACUUAAUCGAAUGUAAAGCAUAUUUACGGAGGCAUGUAUUGAGAUUAUCCGGAACCAAAGCCGAGUGCAUAGAGAGAAUAAAGGAGCACUGGAGGAUAAAAGAUAGAAAUUGUGAAGCCUUGUAUCCAAGAUCCUCAUUUGCCAUUGAUUGCACUGGUGACGUAUGCAAGGGAGAUGUCGUUUUGUUCAAUCAGAAAGUCUAUAAGAAUUUUGACAAAAUGACGAGGCGUGGAAGCCCUCUUGGGAGAAGGACUGUUGUCGGGAGGAUUGUAAAGGAAAAUUAUGGUGCUGCCAAACAACAACACACCUUCACAGUUGAAGUGCUGUGGAGCAAGGGAGCCAAGAAACUGCCUACACUUUUCUCUCUGCUUGUGAAAGGCAGGAACCUCUACAAAUUGAGGACAUUUAGACAGCGCUGGAAUAAUGAAAAAGAAAGAUUGAAUGUACUUGCUGAGAAGCAUAAACGAGGAGCAGCAGCAAGAAGCUUAAGAGCUAUGAGAAAGACAAAAGCUGAAAAGAAGACAAAUAAAUCUUAUACAAACAUAGGUAAGAAGCGCCACAAGCUUUUCAAUCAUGUAGCGCCAUCUGGAACAAAAGAAACGCGGAAUAAACAGAAGGUAGAUUUCAGAGGUCCCGAAUAUAAUUGGAAACAUGGAAAUUUAAUCCAACCCAAUCGAGUUCAAGAAACCCCAUCUUUUCCAUAUACUCGUCAUCCUUCCCAAGACUUUCACCACUUCGACUCAGACCUUUACAACCGAAGAGGAUAUUAUCACUUCCCUUCUCAUAGAGGUUCUGUAUCUGCGAUCGAAUUGCCCAAUUACCACCCCUUCUCCCAUUCUGUUUUGGCAUCUGCUUCAGAAUCCCAAGAAUUUGCCCAUGGCAGGUACAUUUACCACACUCGUCCACAUCAAAAUCGUGUAUCUCAAUCAAGAAAGAUUGAUCAUUUCCCUAGAUUGAUGAAUGCCCAAGCACCAUCUUAUCUGUCACCUGCUAAUCCAUAUAGACAGAUAUAG